AUGACAGCCGAAUACGAACUCUUUCCACCUUCCGUUCGAGGAAAACAACUUUCUGUUGUGAUUGAUGCGGAUCAGACAGAUUUACUAGCGGAGCUGUUGGCGGUGGUUAGGGCUGCGCUGUACACCGCGGCGCUUGGUGUUUGGGAUCACGGCGGUGUGAAGAUCGCAACCGUUUUGAAGCAAUGUUUGCGCCCCACUGCACGUAGGACGCAUGACACACAACUGGUUGCAUAUGUUUUUUUUCUUCUCGGGUGUACCUUGUUUUCAGAUAAGAGCGGAAACAAGCUCAGGCCACACGACAUAGUUGACGCGUGUGAGCCUGACAGAGUAGGCCAAUAUUCUUGGGGGUCGGUUACGUUGGCGCAUCUGUAUCGCCAGUUAGGAUUCUCGAGUCGGGCUGACGCGACAGGUUUUACUCGAUGUCUAACAUUAUUACAGACCUGGAUAUACGAGUAUAUUCCUACGUUUCGACCACACCGCGACCCGGUUCCUAAUGGGGAUGGGAUGACACGUGCCUCUGCGUGGAGUCCGCGGUUCGAGAAGAAGUCCGUUGACCGCCUCCAAUCGAUACGGUUAUUGCUUGACAGGAUGUCCCCCUUAGAGGUGAACUGGAUGUCUUUCGGCCAGAACCCUAGUAAUAGGGUACCCAGGACCCUUUACACGGGACUGAUUCAGUACCGUGAGAUAGUAGAGGCGUACAUGCUUAGCGUUGUUUUCGCCAGUUUGGAUUUGUCCAAGUUGUCCCUCCUCGACCAGCAUGGCCCAGUAAGGCGGUCCGAUCUGCGUCGUCGAAGGAGUACGUCGUCCAAUGGCCAGAAAGCAUGAUUUCCACGUGGGAGCAGUUUCCGAUGGUUGCCCGCCUAUGGACUACGGAGCUGCGGCGGCCGCCAAGUGGGGU